AUACGAUUAGAUAACCUUCCCAAACGGCCAAACCCAAUCCCUCAUCGCCUCUCCCUUUUGUUUCCUGCACUUUCCCAGUACAAAAACCGCCGCAAAUUCUUUCUUUUCUUCUCUAUCUUUCUCUCUUCCUUUCUCAAGUUGCACCUCUCAAGAUAGGCCGUUUGCUUCAAUGGGUACCCCUCAGCCUCGUGAAUGGCUCGGUCUUCAACAAUUCCCCGCCGCCACACAAACAAAAUUGUUCGAGUUGCUGGGCAACUUGAAGCAAGAGAAUGUCAACACUUUGACUAUCCUUGUUAUGGGCAAAGGCGGUGUAGGAAAGUCUUCCACUAUCAAUUCUCUCAUUGGAGAACAAGUUGUUCGAGUCACUGCUUUCCAAUCAGAGGGGCUGAGACCCGUGAUGGUUUCACGGUCCUGGGCAGGGUUCACAUUGAAUGUAAUUGAUACACCUGGACUCGUGGAGGCUGGAUAUGUCAAUCACCAAGCUCUUGAGUUGAUCAAAGGGUUUCUUUUGAAUAAGACCAUAGAUGUUUUACUUUACGUUGACCGCCUGGAUGCAUAUAGAGUGGAUGACUUGGAUAAGCAGAUUAUUAGGGCUAUCACCAACAGUUUUGGCAAAGAAAUAUGGCGCAAAAGUUUGCUUGUGCUCACUCAUGCACAGCUUUGUCCACCAGAUGGACUGAAUUAUGAUGUUUUUUCCUCUAAAAGAUCAGAGGGUGUGCUAAAGGCCCUUCAUAUGGGAGCUAAGAUUAGGAAAAGGGAUUUUGAGGAUUCUGUCAUUCCUGUUGUUUUGGUUGAAAACAGUGGGAGGUGCAAUAAAAAUGACAAUGGCGAAAAGAUUCUUCCCAAUGGUGAUGCUUGGAUUCCGAACCUAGUAAAAGCCAUCACAAGUGUUGCAACAAAUAAGAGUAAAGCUAUUGUGGUUAGCAAGAAGUUGGUAGACGGGUCUGAUGCAAAUGAUAAGGGAAAAAUCUUGAUUCCUGUUAUUCUUAUGCUUCAGUGGAAUGUUAUCAAAUGGAUUCGUGGAGCAAUAAAAAGGGAUAUUGCAACUGGCAAAGGACAUUUAUGAGAGCCACGUGGUUUGGUCCUGAAGUCAAGUUCAUUUUGGUUGUUUGGUAUGCGUAUGCUUAGGCAGAUACUGCUAGUAGUGGCUGGUCGGAUGGGAUAUUGUUGAGUUAUUUCUAGGAUUAGCGUAUUUGCAGCGAAUGUUCAUUUGUUCUUCACUUCAUGUAUUUUCAUCCGUUUCUCUUGGUUU